AUGAAGGGAUUGCUGAUCAACCCAACAGACAUAUCUGCAACACCAGCGGUGGCAAAUGGGGCAGUGUACUUCCCAUCAUGGAAUGGAUAUUUGUAUGCAGUCAAUGCCUUCAAUGGUACUCUUAUAUGGAAGCAAAACGUCGGCGAGUUAACUGGGUUGCCGGGAACCGGGACUGUGGUGAACGUGUCGGUGUCUAGAGCCACUCCGACGGUGGCCGGAAACCUUUUUUAUAGUCGGAAUUUAUGGACCUGCGGUGAUAAUGGUGGCAGACUAGGAGGGUACGCGGGGGCAGCUAUAUGGGGAAGCAUCCCCGCCAUCAACAUUGCCAGGGGGAUUGUUUACUCGAGCACUGGCAACCUCUACACGGCUCCACCGGAGGUGUUGCGGGGUCAGGAAGCUCAGAAUAAUCAAACAAGACCCAGUAGUCCUGAUCGGUGCAUUGGACCAGAUGUUAAUUUCAACUCAAUUUUGGCGUUUGACAUUGGUUCUGGAAAGAUUGUGUGGUCUGAGCAACUGGGGGGCAAUGAUAUUUUUUAUUUUGCAUGUUCGGUUCCUAAUAAUCCUGAUUGUCCACCGGGACCUAUUCUGGAUGCGGAUUUUGGGAAGGCUCUGAUGCUGCUAAGCAUAUUUGUCAAUGGAACAAUGCGAAAGUUGGUGGUAGCAGUGCAGAAAAGUGGCUGUGCAUGGGCUCUUGAUCGUGACAAUGGCAAUAUAGUUUGGUUUAAGUUGGCUGGACCAGGGGGCAAUGAAGGAGGAGGGACAUGGGGUGCAGCCACAGAUGGAAAGAGGGUAUACACAAACAUAGCCAACAGCAACAGAGAGAGCUUCACACUUGCACCAUCAACCCAAACCACAACAGCAGGUGCAUGGGUGGUCCUGGAUGCAAACACUGGCCAAAUCCUAUGGUCCACUGCAAACCCUAGCAAUGACAUGUCGCAGGGGCCUGUUUCAUUGGCUGACGGAGUCCUUUUCGCCGGCUCUGUGGCUCCUAAUGGCCCUCUAUACGCCAUGGAUUCGAAAAUCGGGACUAUUUUGUGGUCAUUCACGACUGGUGCUACUAUAUAUGGGGGAGUCUCAGCAAGCUAUGGCUGCAUUUACCUUGGUAAUGGAUAUACAGUUGGUCCGGGAACUUUCCACCCAUCUUGGACUCCAGGAACUUCACUCUAUGUCUUCUGCAUUGCAUGA